AUGGUUGACCUCCCUGGAAUCACUAGGGUUCCAGUUCGUGGCCAGCCUGAGAAUAUCUAUGAUCAAAUCAAAGAUAUGAUCAUGAAGUAUAUAAAACCAGAUGAGAGCAUCAUUUUGAAUGUUUUAUCUACUUCUACUGAUUUUAGCACAUGUGAGUCAAUUAGUAUGUCGCGGAGUGUGGACAAAACUGGUGAGAGGACUCUGGCUGUGGUUACAAAGGUUGACAUGGCACCAGAGGGACUGCUGGAGAAGGUUACAGCUGAUGAUGUGGACAUUGGUCUUGGCUAUGUCUGUGUAAGGAACCGGAUUCGAGAUGAAACUUAUGAGGAGGCGAGGGCUAUCGCGGAUCGAUUAUUUAAAACUCAUCCCUUUCUUUCAAAGAUUGAUAAGUCUAUGGUUGGAAUUCAGGUUUUGGCUGACAAGUUGGUCCAAAUUCAAGCUAUUAGCAUAGCUAGAAACUUGCCUGUUAUUGUAAAGAAGAUCGAUGACAAGCUGAAUUCUUACCUUUCAGAACUCAACAAAUUGCCGAAAACUCUGACAACUGUUGCUGAGGCCAUGACUGCUUUUAUGCAGAUCAUUGAAGAAUCCAAAGAAUCACUUCAGAAGAUUCUUUUGAAGGGAGAAAUGACGAGUUCCCGGGUGACCGACAAAUUUUGCGGGGAAAAGUGGAGGGAAUUUCAGGCAUACCUCUUGGGUUUGUUGAGCAGAAAAAUAUUAUCAGCUUCAACUGUCUGCCAGAAGAGCAUGCCAAAAUCUUAUUCAGAGGAUGAAAGAAAGGUCCAUUCAUUGGAUGACGGAGAUUUUGGAAAUGGAGAAGCUGACUGA